UAGUCGAGUGUGUGUAUGAGGAUGGGUGGGGACUGUACCGUCGAGUGCAUUCCGCGCCGGGUGCAAGCGAAGUAUCGGGUACGUCACGUGGUGCAACAAAUCAGAGAAGGCACCAGCACUCAUUCAAUGUGUGUUGUUGGACGUGGAUGUCACACACUCCAGCUCGCUGAACGCGUAAGCACAAGGUGACGAGCAAGGCUCACCUCCGAAAAUACCAACAGCAGCAAUAAAACAAACCUCUCAAGGAAGACAGUGAUAGUGAAGACAUAAAUAAAGACGAUAAAAGCAUGGCGGAGUUUGUGUUCCGGAGGGAGGAGGAGUGGACGGCCAAAGACCUCUACGACACCUGGCGCACCUCUCUUCCUGUGCUUGUCAUCGUCAACAAGGGUUUCUACGGCAACAGGGAGGAGUUGUCCUUUUGCACAGGACAGGUGCUGUUGCUGCACAAAACCGACGUGCAGGAGCGCGCCCUGGUGUACGACAGGCAGGGCAAGACCUUCAGCAUCCCCCUCGACUACAGCCACUACUUCGCCGCUAACGACUCACAAGAGGAAAUGACCUUGCGGGAUAUUAUCGUAAAACACGGUGUGCCUGUGAGGAUUCGGUUCGCGGAGUCCGGAGUUCAUACCAAAGAGAACAAGUCCCUGUGUGACACCUUGAACGUGGUAGCUGUUCUUCAGGAACCUUUCUUCUUGGCCAACACGGUCAAUCAAGGGAGGCUGUUGGAAUCGGUGAUUACCGUGCCGUUGUACCUAAAGGAAGUGACGUUUUGCCGAAUAACGGAUCUAGUGGACAAAACUCGUUUCACUAGCCUCCAGGACUUCAUGGCUUCCAUAACUGAGCAACUUUGUCAAGUUGAUUUCACUGCGGAGUACGGUGACAAAGAGAUGGUAAAACUUUCAGACAAAACCGUGACUCCAUCAGCCAACAUUUAUCCAGACAUCGAGACCAACGUCUACAUUAACAUCAAACAAACAGGGUAUCGUCAACCUCCUCCACCAAGACCCAAAAGCACAUCAGUGAUACCUGAGAGCAAAGCAGGGAAACCAAAGCCUCAUCUACCUGAAGGGCAGAAGGAGGCACUGUACAUCAACAUCAACCGUGACCAGGUGCCACACGCAAACAAACUCCCUCCUAGCACACUGCGCCGUCCUCCGCCCCGUCCUUCUUCCACUGUUGCAGUGGAUGAACACCUGGACUCUUCUACCACUGCACCUGAGGAGCAGAAGGAACAACUGUACAUCAACAUCAGCCGUGACCAGAUGUCACCAACAAGCAAACUCCCUCCUAGCACACCGCGCCGUCCUCCGCCCCCUGUUCCGGUUGAUGAACACCUGGACUCUUCUAGCGCUGCGCCGUCAAACGCUGAGCAACAAGGCGUCAAAUACGACUCCAGUAUCUACGAGAUUUCAGAGCCUGCGAGCGGCCAGACACGCGUAUCGCUGGUUGAAGAGAGAAAGAAGGUCGUGCACAAACUUCCCACAAAACAGCCACCCAUCGUGAAGUCUGAGCUUGACAAAGCUUUAGCAAAAAGACGAGAUCGCGCUCGGAUUGGAGACGCAGGGUCCGUUCCCAAAACAGAGGCUGAGGCUUUUAAAUGUAAAAAGGCUUCGGAAAUUCCCUCAGUCGCUCCACCAGGGGUUGUGUCUCUGUCUAUGAGAUCAGUUGGCGACGAGUCACCAGUUCCUGUGGUAUCUGCUCCGCCAGGCUCAGCGGAUGGCAAAGAAAGUAUUCCAGAUGAAAAAAGAUCCAAGACUUCAACAGAGAAAACAGCCAUUACCGCCCCCAAGCCAUCAGAAGCAGCACCUCCUGUGCUCAAUAGUAGCAUGAAGCCCCUUGCCAUGACACCGUUGAAGACGGACGUUAUGGCGGAUUCCAAAGAGAAACGAAAGAUUCCCAAAUUAUUCGGAAAGUCUGAAUCGGAGGAAGGCAACGACAAACCCAAAGUCUUGCCGAAGCCGAAGAUAGGUCCGCUGUCGUUCGAGCCUGUUCAAAUGGAAGCUACGUCGGCAGCGAGCGAAAGUACGUAUGUCAACCAGCAGCAGAUGGCCCUGAUCAGGCCCACCAUCAGUUCAAAAAUAACCGAGACAGACACCUCUAGCCCCAAUGGCCUCGAGCCCAAACCCCCUGUGACAUCACAAGCUACCAACGCGAGCGGUGGAGCGCCGUCAGUGGAGAAGUCGGGUGCAUCACAGUCCAACUGUCUAAGAGAGACCAACGCCGACGAAAAACCUUGGCCUCUGACUCUGAAACAGAUGACCAUAGCUCAGGUCACAGAUGUUCUGUCGAAACUAAAGUUGGAGAAGUAUGUGGCGAAAUUCCAAGAGGAAAUGGUCGAUGGCAGUGUAUUAAGCCGGCUGAAUGAUAAUGCUCUUACCACAGACUUCGAAAUGCGCCUCGUGGAAGUGGCUCGCUUGCGGUCCUUUGUAGAGACAGGGAGGAUACCGAUGUAGUCUUGGCUUUGUAGAGACAAGAAAAGUACCGAUGUAGACUAGGUUUUGCAGAGACAGACAAGAUAGAGAUGUAGUCUUGACUUUGCUAGAGACUGAAAGUCAUCUGAGUUUAAUGUUAUUAGAGAUUGCUGAUAUACAAAAAGCUAGAUCAAAUCUUCCUCACAGAAACCUGUCAGGUGUCACUUUUUGCAUUUUUGGUGUUUAUACAACCUAAACGGUUUCUCUGGGUGGCUCGUGAAAAAGAUUUGUUCAAAGAAACUACAGGACAUUUGGAGCUAUGUGAUGUAAUGAACACUGGCAGACUCAGACAAUUAUGUCAUCUUUCCUAUGAAUCUUGGGGCAUUUACAAGCAGUUUGUAAUUAUCAUCAACUCAUCGUACCGAAUAUGUACAUCUGUAAUGGAGCUCUUCACUCUAAACUCCACAUUUGAUACUGAUCUUGCUAUGAUGGUGAUAUCUAAUCAGCUGUUGGAGAGUGAUGUCCUUUUGCCUAACCGACUGGUCUGUCGUUUUGUCUCGUCUGUGGAUCUACGUCGAGUUUUGGUUUCUCCUACUCAUCUGUGAUGUUUGUUGUGCAGUUCGCCUCUGUUAUUUGAUGUUCUUCAGUGUUUGUGCUGCCUCAUUUCUUACAACAGACAUUUUCCAGUAACGGUUUCUGUCUCCCUUUCUUCCAUCUUGCUUUGGAUUUUUGAUUUACCGGAUUUUGUGCUUUCUUUACUGACACUUGUAGUUGUUCUAGCAUUGUAGACAUUGUGGACUAGUGUGGAUCAUGACGCUUUCCAUUUACUAUUUACGAACCACGUACGUUGCUUCAUGUUGUGUAGAUUAGAUUCUGGAUCUAU